AUGAAUAAAGGAUUCCCUUGUAAUGGAUGGAAUAAUGUAUGGUGGACAACCACCUAUCGAGGUUGGACAUAUAUACCUGGGAUAUUUGAUGCUCCAUGGGCACAUACAUUAAAAGAUCGAAUAAGCAUCUUUAAAGGAACUGCCCAACCAAACUGUCAGCCCUUACAAUGCAAUCCAGUGACAAUAACAAUUAACGAGGCUGAUAAUCUUGUUAAUAUCACCUUUGGACUUGGGAUAGACAUACGUGGAAAAGAUCCAACAGCUAGAUUCCGGAUAGCCGUAUGGGAUAUACUCCCGGAUGACACCCUGAGUGUCCAGAAUGAGGAAAAACUCAAUGAGGGGGUGAAAAAUAUUCCUAAAAACCCCACAAUUGUGACAGUUAAAGAGAUAAAAGAUCUUAGACAAACAUUUGAAAUUGAAACAGGAUAUGGGGAUGCUAAUGCCUGGGUAGAAUGGAUUAAGUAUACUGUCCAGAGUCUCAACCAUAGCAACUGCUAUGCUUGUGCAUCUGGAUGGCCUAUAGCUCAGGUGGUGCCCUUUUCUCUGGGAUGGACCAAGGAUCCCCAGGGGAUGCAAUGCAUAAUUGCCCUGUACCAGGAGAAAACCGCCUGGGGAAAUGAAGCCUGCAAAUCUCUCUCUCUCUUGUUCCCUCCAAUGUCUGAGACAGAUGUCCAGAUCCCUCCUACAUUCUCCACAGCCAUAGGUAAUCAUACAGCCUGCCUCUCACGGCAGGGUGUAAAGGCUACCAGGCUUAUAGGGAACUUUUCCCUAUGCAGUGAGGUCUUGAAUGUUACGAAAGAUUUGGCAGGGAACUAUUCCAGAUUAGGAAUCCCCAGGGCGGACCUCUGGUGGUAUUGCGGGGGGAAGGUCUUACGGUCCACUCUCCCAUCCAAUUGGGGAGGCACCUGUGCACUUGUUCAAUUAGUUAUACCAUUCACCCUGGCAUUUGAAAAAGGAGUCUCCCAAAAUCCUGGAAGAAACAAAAGAAGCUUAGGAGUAUCAUUUGAUGACUCAAUAUAUAUAGAUCCAAUUGGAGUGCCUAGGGGUGUCCCUGAUGAAUUUAAGGCAAGAAAUCAAAUUGUUGCAGGGUUUGAGUCACUGUUUUGGUGGGUAACAAUUAACAAAAAUGUAGACUGGAUUAAUUACAUCUAUUAUAAUCAACAGCGAUUUAUAAAUUAUACAAAAAGUGCCAUUAAGGGAAUUGCAGAACAAUUAGAUGCCACAAGUAAGAUGGCCUGGGAAAAUAGGAUUGCUCUAGAUAUGAUGCUAGCAGAAAAAGGAGGUGUAUGUGUAAUGUUAGGUACUCGCUGCUGCACUUUCAUCCCCAAUAACACAGCCCCAGACGGCACAAUAACUAAGGCAUUGCAAGGACUUACCACUCUUGCUGAUGAAUUGGCAGAGAAUUCAGGAAUAGAUACCUCUAUCAGUGGAUGGGUGGAUUCCUGGUUUGGUAAAUGGAAAGGGGCAAUUAUAUCAAUAUUUACCUCUCUGAUUACAGUAGCAGGAGCCCUGGUGACUAUUGGGUGCUGUGUCAUCCCCUGUGUGAGAGGAUUGGUACAGCGAUUGAUUGAAACAGCACUAUUAAAACAAACGCUAAUGGAGCCACCAUUGUAUUCGAAUAAAAUGAUGGUAUUAGAGGAAAUGGGGAAUGAGGAAAGUGAAGAAGAGGAGGAAAUGUAUACGAUAAUGCCUUAA